AUAUAGACGGCGCUUCAGUUGACACUAGAAUCUAGUGACUAGAUUUGACAGAUGUCAACAUAGGUGUGUUGGCGAUACCAACAUAAAUUUCCCAAUAAAAUACCGACGUGUUUAUUUUAAUAAUUACGAUAUUUUCGUGUAAUAAAAAGCCAUGUAACAGAAGCAUUCCAUGUACAAAGAAUUGAAUUAUUAAUUUUUAACACCAGUAUCUUUACAAAAAGGUGUUAUAAAGCAGUAAAUCAUGUCGUCUUCUGCAAUUUACAUAUUAGACAUUAAAGGAAAGGUGUUGAUAUCUAGAAAUUAUAGGGGUGACAUGGAUUUGGGGGUUAUUGAAAAAUUUAUGCCACUGCUUUUGGAAAAAGAGGAAGAAGGCCUAUUAACACCAAUUUUACAAACUGCUAACUGUACAUUUGCCUAUAUUAAAACAAACAAUCUAUUUAUUGUGAGUACCACCAAGAAAAAUGCCAAUAUUGCAUUGGUUUUUGUGUUUUUACACAAAAUUGUCCAUGUUAUGACUGAGUAUUUUAAAGAGUUAGAGGAGGAAAGUAUUAGAGAUAAUUUUGUUGUGAUUUACGAAUUAUUAGAUGAGCUAAUUGAUUUUGGUUACCCUCAAACCACUGAUAGUAAGAUUUUACAAGAAUAUAUAACACAGGAAGGUCAUAAGUUGGAAAUACAGCCUCGUAUACCUGUAGCAGUUACUAAUGCUGUGUCUUGGAGAUCAGAGGGAAUUAAAUACCGCAAAAAUGAGGUCUUUUUGGAUGUGAUUGAAUCAGUAAAUUUACUGGCAAAUUCAAAUGGCAAUGUACUUAGAAGUGAGAUUGUUGGGGCUAUUAAAAUGAGGGUAUACUUGUCAGGUAUGCCUGAAUUAAGAUUAGGAUUAAAUGAUAAGGUUCUUUUUGAAUCAACUGGCAGGGGUAAAUCUAAGUCUGUAGAAUUGGAAGACACAAAAUUCCAUCAAUGUGUAAGAUUAUCUAGAUUUGAAAUUGAUAGGACCAUCUCCUUCAUCCCUCCAGAUGGUGAGUUUGAGUUGAUGAGCUACAGGUUAAAUACCCAUGUUAAACCUUUAAUCUGGAUUGAGUCGGUUAUUGAACGACAUGCUCACAGCAGAGUUGAGUAUAUGAUUAAGGCAAAAUCUCAGUUUAAAAGGAGAUCAACUGCAAAUAAUGUAGAAAUUAUCAUUCCUGUGCCACAAGAUGCAGAUUCACCUAAAUUCAAGACAACUAUUGGAAGUGUUAAGUAUGCCCCUGAACAAAAUGCCAUAACUUGGUCCAUUAAAUCAUUCCCAGGUGGUAAGGAAUACUUGAUGAGGGCCCACUUUGGACUGCCUAGUGUUGAAUGUGAAGAUACAGAAGGAAAACCACCCAUUCAAGUCAAAUUUGAGAUACCAUAUUUUACUACUUCAGGCAUUCAAGUGAGAUAUUUAAAGAUUAUUGAAAAAUCUGGAUACCAGGCUCUGCCUUGGGUGAGGUAUAUUACGCAAAACGGUGAUUAUCAACUUAGAACCAACUAAGCACGUUUUUAUUGAUUUUUAACGGUAUUAUUAAUUUACCGAGGCAACUAACUCUACAUGGUUAAAUAAUGCAGACUUAGUUCCAUUUUUAGACUACCACUUAAGUACACUUUAUACAGCUUAUACAUAUUUAAAAACUAAUUUUUUCAAAAUUCUAUUUUUUUUGUACAGAUUGACCAUAUGUUAAUGUUUACUUCUAAUAGUUUUUGUUAUUAGCAAUAUUAAGCAUCAAAAUGUAUUUUAUUAAAUAAAAACCUAUUACAAAAUAUACAGCUUUUAUUUAUUUUUUUGGUAACUUAUGGACUAAUU